AGCUCACGCUUAAAGCAGGCGGCGGCAAAACGGUGAUCAGUGAUCCACAUCAUCCAUAUCUCGGGAAGAGACGUAUAGAGUGUGAGUGUGCAGUCAGCAUGGCAGAAGCGCAUCAGGCGGUGGCCUUCCAGUUCACCGUCACUCCUGAUGGCAUCGACCUGCAACUCUGUCACGAGGCCCUGCGCCAGGUCUACCUGUCUGGCCUCCACUCCUGGAAGAAGAGGUUCAUCAGGUUCAAGAAUGGUGUCAUGACUGGGGUUUAUCCAGGAAGUCCCUCAGGGCUGCUGGUUGUUUUGGUGGGUUACAUGUCCACAACCAAAUAUGCCAAAAUAGACCCUUCCCUUGGGAUGUUCACUAAACUUUCUAAACACCUACCAAUCAGUAAGUACGUAACAGAAGAAGGGCAGCGUAUUGUUGGUGGUGUGCUGAUUGGGACCGGAUUGUGGAUUGCUGUGACUUUCGUUAUGAGGAACGUCCUCAAGUACUUGCUGUCCUGGCACAGCUGGAUGUUCAAUCGCCAUGGAUCUUUGUCCUUAAAAACAAAGCUUUGGUUGAUGUUGGUGAAGGUAUUUUCGGGGCCAAAGCCAAUGCUGUACAGCUUCCAGAAUUCAAUACCACGGUUACCAGUGCCUCCUAUAAAAGACACUGUUAGAAGAUAUCUUGAGUCAGUUCACCCUCUGAUGGACGAUGAACAGUACAAGCGUAUGGAGGGGUUGGCAAAGGACUUUGAGAAGAACUUGGGCCCCAAACUGCAAUGGUACCUGAAGCUCAAAUCCUGGUGGGCCUCCAAUUAUGUCAGCGACUGGUGGGAGGAGUAUAUUUACCUCAGAGGUCGAGGACCAAUCAUGGUCAACAGCAACUACUAUGCAAUGGACUUCCUCUAUGUGAUCCCCACUACACGUCAAGCCGCCCGUGCUGGUAAUUCCAUCCACGCCAUCAUGAUGUACAGAAGAAAACUGGACAGAGCGCAGAUUAAACCAUUAUACUUGCUGGAGAACCGAGUGCCGCUGUGCUCGGCGCAGUGGGAGCGGAUGUUUAACACGUCCCGCAUUCCCGGGCUGGAGACAGACGUCCUUCAGCACAUGAACGAGAGCAAACACAUCGCUGUGUAUCACAAGGGGCGCUUUUUCAAGGUGUGGCUGUUUUAUGACGGACGGCUGCUGUUGCCUCGAGAAAUUGAGCAGCAGAUUGAAAGGAUCUUGGCGGACAAAUCCGAACCUCAUCCAGGAGAGGAGCUGCUUGCCGCUUUGACAGCGGGCGACAGAGAUCCCUGGGCCAAAGCCCGCUCACAGUUCUUCAGUCAAGGGAAGAACAAGCAGUCUCUGGAUUCUGUGGAGAAAGCGGCUUUCUUUGUUACUCUGGAUGACACCGAACAGCGUUACGAUCCAGAGAAUUCGGUGCAGUCACUGGACAGCUAUGGCAAAUCUCUGCUCCAUGGAAAAUGCUAUGACAGGUGGUUUGACAAGUCUUUCAAUCUGAUUGUGUUCAAGAACGGCACUAUGGGAUUGAAUGCAGAACACUCCUGGGCCGAUGCGCCCAUCGUUGGCCAUUUGUGGGAGCAUGUCUUGUCAUCGGAUCCAGUGAGACUGGGCUAUACUGAGGAUGGACACUGCAAAGGAAACCCCCAUCCAAACCUGCCGGGACCCCAGAGACUGCAAUGGGACAUCCCAGAGGAGGGCCAGGCAGUGAUCAACAGUUCUCUGAAAGUGGCUAAAGCUCUGGCGGACGAUGUUGACAUGCACAUCAUCCCCUUCAACGACUUUGGAAAAGGCCUGAUCAAGAAAUGCAAGACAAGUCCCGACGGCUUCAUUCAGAUCGCCCUCCAGCUGGCGCACUUCAGGGAUAAAGGCAAGUUCUGCCUUACGUACGAAGCCUCCAUGACUCGUCUGUUCAGAGAGGGCCGCACUGAGACUGUGCGCUCCUGCACCACUCAGACCUGUGAUUUUGUCCGUGCCAUGAUGAAUGACAAAGCAACGAGAGAAGAGAAGUUGAAGCUGUUGAAAGUGGCGGCAGAAAAGCAUCAGGACUUAUACAGACUGGCCAUGACAGGAAAGGGCAUCGACCGCCAUCUUUUCUGCCUCUACCUGGUGUCAAAGUACCUCGGUGAAGAUUCGGCUUUUCUUAAAGAGGUGUUGUCCGAGCCCUGGAGAUUGUCCACCAGUCAGACUCCUCUCCAACAGGUCGAUCUGUUUGAUUUAAAGAGGCAUCCAGAAUACGUCACCAGCGGAGGUGGAUUUGGACCUGUUGCUGAUGACGGUUAUGGUGUAUCAUAUAUUAUUCUUGGAGAAGAUCUCAUCAACUUCCACAUAUCCAGCAAACACUCCAGCCCAGAGACGGACUCUCACCGCUUUGGAAGUAACAUUAGGCAGGCAAUGCUUGAUAUGUUGGAUCUUUUCCAGUUUGACAACAAAGCUAGCAACAAGUGAUCUGUCUCUUCUUGUUUUCUCAUUUCUCAAAAGGGAAAAAAAUAUUUUAAACAGAGGGCUGAUGCUCCUUAGGCAUGUACAGAGUAAUUGUUGGUUUUAAUUAAAGUUCAAAUAAUGGUCAUUUAAACAGGACAGAGGAUGGUAUCUGGGCAUUUGAUGAAAUUGCAUUGUGUAGAGUGUAAAGGAGAAGACAUACUUUGUGAUUUGGGAAUUAUAUCAGACUGUAUGACUUAGGGGGUUUUUUUUGUUGUACUGGGAUGUAUUCAUCCACUGUUGCCUUAAUCUCGAACGAAUGUGAAUGGGCGAGAAAUGUUCUUCAGAAGAUCCGGGAAAACCUGUUGGCGUUUUGUGCUGCUGUACAUUCAGACUUUCACCUUUUGAAACAUGACUCAGACAUGACCUAGACUCAGGUUUUCAACUAAUUUAUUCACUUUAUUGUGACUUGAAUUGUUUCUGAAGUAACACUUUGGCAGGUUACAGGGAUACAGGGGAAGCUAUACAGGGAAGACAGGCCAAAUAUUACAAACAUAUAGGGCAAUGGUACAUAUUUUUCUUUCACUUGUGUUUUUGUAUUUAAGCAUGAUCAAAGAAUUGCAGCAGAGUGUGAACAUUAUCAUAUAUACAGUUAUUUUCAUUUAUUUAAUAGAUUCACCAUCACGUAAACAACACUCCAAAUAAUGUAAUAAUUUAGCUAUAUGUUCAUGAGUGCACUACCAACUAAGCCAAAAAUCAUUAAUUCACAGGUAUAAGGGAUAAUAAGAUUUUGUUCUGUAUAUGUUGUUUCUCAGUGAUAGAAAAGUUUGCUAUUUAUUUACCGGUUCCUCAUCAAACAUUUCUGAAAGUGUGCUUAAGGAUUCAAUGAAUAAUAAUUAUUCUUUACUGUAAACAUGAAUGAAAACGAAUACAAUUUAAAGGGAAAGUGUCACUUAACUUGAUGUGUUGUGCAAUGUAUCAAAUAUAUUUGUAUCAUAUUUUCCUCAAUAGACCUCAUUUUUGCAGCAAAGGUGUGAUAUAGGAACUGGUUGGCAUUGUUACUGUAAUAAUUCAAAACACAUUUCAACAAUAAAAGUUGACUUUUAAGACUGAUCUG